AUGGCAUUUUUGAAGAUAAUUUUGAGUUUUACAAUUUCAUUUCUUUUAUUAAAAUUCAUUUUAUCACAAGAAGAGCAAGAAACUUAUAUUCGAGGAUUACGUUGCAAGUUUUCAGAUGAUUUUAUAAAUGCCAGUCUCAUGUAUAAAUAUGGAACUAUUUAUAGAGAAGUGUUGCAUUUCGAGGAUAUUGAAAUGUGUAAGGUGAUAAGGGAAGGAACAAGCAAUUUGAUGGUACGAGAAUAUUUCAAAGUUCUGAACGAAUCUAAUCCUGGAAUAAUUCAUAAAUGCCCAUACACUAAAAAAAAUGGAUUUUCUCAANGCAUGUCUUAA